AUGGCCGCACCUGUAAAGCUUUCUCAUCGCGCUCGAAAACGUGUCCGGGAAGUGAAGAGGAAAGCUAGACCCGAACUUUCUGACAAAUCAGCAUGGGUGCAGCUAGGUUACCAUCAAGACUUUGAGCCGUUCAACAAGUUCGUGGAUAACGUAGAGCGCAUCCACGUAGAUAAAGUAAGCCCGGAAGAGUUUAUAGAACGCUUCGAAAGUAUUUACAAACCCGUCGUAAUAGAAGGUACACAAAAUGACUGGAAGGCCACCCACAAGUGGACACUGGAGCGGCUGGCCAAAAAGUAUCGCAAUCAAAAGUUCAAGUGCGGCGAGGAUAAUGAUGGAUACAGCGUGAAGAUGAAGAUGAAAUACUACGUCGAGUACAUGCGUUCGACCUCGGACGACAGUCCUCUGUACAUUUUCGAUAGCAGUUUCGGGGAGCACCAUCGACGACGAAAGCUGCUGGAGGAUUACGAGGUGCCCUUGUACUUCCGGGAUGAUUUAUUUAAACACGCGGGAGAGGUUCGCCGUCCACCGUAUCGGUGGUUUGUGAUGGGCCCAGCGCGCUCUGGCACCGGCAUACAUAUCGAUCCGCUCGGUACGAGCGCCUGGAAUGCGCUCGUACACGGCCACAAGCGCUGGUGUCUGUUUCCGACGCACACAUCCAAAGAGAUGCUGAAAGUAACCGGUGCCAUUGGUGGCAAGCAACGCGACGAAGCGAUCACGUGGUUCAGCCUGAUCUAUCCUCGCACGCAGCAAUCGGACUGGCCAGCGGAUUGCAAACCGCUUGAGAUUUUGCAAAAACCAGGCGAAACGGUGUUCGUCCCAGGAGGCUGGUGGCACGUCGUACUCAACCUCGACGAUACGGUUGCCGUAACGCAGAACUUCUGCAGCCGCACGAAUUUCCCCGUUGUGUGGCACAAAACGGUACGCGGCCGGCCGAAACUCUCCACCAAGUGGUACAAGGUGCUGCAGGAAGCCGAACCGGAGCUGGCGAAGAUUGCGUCCGAGACGGAUCUCGGCCAAAGCACGGGCGUGGCGUCGGACAGCUCGAGCAACUCUAGCUCAUCGUCUUCCAGCUCGAGCAGCUACGACGACAGCGCCUGCGAGUCGAACACUGACAGCGGACAGGAGUCGCUUUCUGCCCACAAAUCGAAGAAGCAUAAAAAGGCUAACGAUGGUGGCGACUCGAUGACUGGGUUCUCGCUUUAA